CAAGCGCUAGACGCGCAAAACGCAGCAAACGAGGGAGCCGAGUAACUCAUCAGCAAUCCCAGGCACCGAUUUUGUGGCGUCCACGAAGAGAGCGCGAAAACCGGCAUCCAGACGGCACUUUUGGGAGACCACCUCCAGUCUGCUGGACUCUUACACGACUCUACACGACAUUACAAUACACCAUGUCAGGCUACAUCGGCGUAGGCAGCCUUAGCUCACCGCCACCGAGACAAGGAGACCCGAGGAACCAGCACCUCGUGUCUGGCGACGAGAUCAUGCGCCGAGCGCGCAGCUCGCUCCCGAACCCGCCUGCUGGCCAGCAGUGGAUCCGCGUAAACAACGACUGGCAGCUCGUCAGCACGCCGGACGAUGCCGACGCGCCGGCGCCGGCGCCAGAGCCCAGCGCGCCCCGCGAGCACGUCGUCUUGCCGAGCGACACGCUGCAGGGCCUCUGCCUCCGCUACAAAACAACAGCGCGCAAGCUCAAGCAGGCGAACCCGUCGCUGGACCUGGGCAACUCGUCGCUCCGCGGCGUCGCCGUGCUGCGCAUUCCGGGCUCGGGGCCCGCGCAGCCGGUGACCGAGGAGGUGCAGAUGGCGAGUCUGCGCGCCGCCGUGCCGUCGCUGUCGGCGGCCGAGGCGCGGUUCUACCUGUCGGUGGAGGCGACCGUCGAGGGAGCCGUCGCGAGAGCCCGCGCGGACGCCGCCUGGGAACGCGGCCGAGGCGACUGGGCGACCGCCCCCCAGCCGGAUCGCGGCGUCGAGGCAGCCGUCGCGAGCGCCGAGGCGUUCAUCCGCCAGGCGCAACAGCCGGCCGUCGCCGUGCCGGUCGCCGACGCCGUCGUCGUCGAGGCCGUGCCCGUGGCGUCCCACGAGCCGGCCCGGUCGAACAUAUCUAGACAAAGGGACGUGUCGCUGUUGUAAGUCGGCCGGCCCGCGGCCGGCGCACCCCAAACCCCUACCGUUUGAAGCCCUGUUUUGCGUGAAUUUUAGUCACUACCCUAAGUAUGUUCGUAG